GCCAUGAGUUUCCACCCACUUCAUCCACUCCCAAAACUCUUCAAAAAGAACCAAAUAGAACUCUCGAACUAUAUGGAGGUGGCGAUGAAGAGACGAGAUCUAACUACACAGACAUCGUAAAGGUUGGGGAGAAUCUUUACUGGUUGCAACUAUCCCUAUCCCUUCCUUCAUCUACUUGUCCAGCUCUGUAUUACAGAGCCAAUUCAAGAUUCCCAGUUCAUAGAUCUAUCGCUUUUAUUUAUGUUGUUCUUUUGUUAUGGAGGAUAGAGCUUUUGAUUUUGUAUCCGAUCCCCUAAAAUUGUCUCUAUAUCUUUUAUUCAAUGAUUCAAAGUUGUCUUGGAUCUGGGUUUAUUUUUUUGGUUUGGGUUUGUUUUGGGGAUUAUUCAAUCUUUAAGGCAUCCUAUGUAUUGACAAUCUGUCUGUUCUUGAAGUCCUUCAUUCAUUGUAACAAGGAAUGACCUCUAGGGUAAAAAAAAAUUUCAGCAGUCAAGAAGACUCUACUGCCGGCCGAAAACUGAAAUCCUCGGAGCGACCAUUGGAGUUGUUGAUAUUAAAAUGAGCUACGUGGUUCAAAACUGGUGCGACUCACAGGCUUGUCAGCAAACAUCAGGCUUUUUGAGGGAAGAAUGUGAGAGUGUUGAUUUAGCAGAGGAGAAAGAAGACAAAUAAUUUACCUUUUGGGUUAUUUUUUUUUAAUGUUACUGUGUGAUAGGUCCACGUUUGGUUGAAUCAUGUUAAUGGAUGUUCUACCUUAACUAAAUGUCAUAUUUUUGGGUGGAUUGAUCCGCGUGCAGGAAGUUCUCGCUGUGAUAUGGAGAAUGCAAUGAAGAAGACAACAAGUGAGUUCUAUGCAUAAACUUAAGAGUAUGAUUUUCCCCCAUCAAAUCUCCUGGUCGCAGCUUAGGAAGAUGAAGAGGGCAAACAGGAAGGCAGAAAAAGAAGGAAGAAGAUCAGAAAAUCGGGGAGAAGACGGUCUGUUACAGAACAGAGCUGCCAUGGGUUCUCCUCUCCACCCACUGAAUUGCAGAGAGAGAGGGAGGGAGAGGGAGAGAGUGGCAGGGUGACAGUCCAAACGACACAUAUUAGGAAAGCUUGAAACGGGAAUGGGGUAUGAUGCCUCAAUGCACCGUACAAUUUCUUCCCUUCCAUGACUUGGAGCUAGAAAUCAGUUAGCCCUUAGAAUCUAUUUAGAGUUGAAUUGAACUGGCUGCUCCAAAUGGUUAAAUAAAAGCUUUUGGGUUCUGCUGUUACUUCCUUUCCAAAGAACAUGGAACACAUAGUUAUGUAUCCUCAUUGCGAUGUUAGAUAGUAUGGAGUUUGGGGUUAACCUUGAAGCAGAUGGAUGCUUUCGACACACAAAUCGAACAAACUUGCUGUGGGGUUCACUAAUUGUAACACUGUAGCACAUGAUCAGGUUUGGAGCAAGCUAUGAAAGAUCAUAUUACAUUGUUUUGUUCGAAGCAACUGCUCUAACUGCAUAAAGGUGGCCUUCGUUCAUCUCCUCCAAUCACAGCUCCAAAUCAGCUCAAGUGAGAUAUAGAGGGACACAAUAUCGAUACAAACAGUGCUAAUAGAUGACUUGCACUUGGCAGUGAAGACAAUGAAAGCUAAAUAUGUUAGUUGUGGAAUUGGAGGUGCAGAUCCGUAGGGCCUCGUCAGCCAAGUCGGUUCUUGAACAUCAGCAACAUUGGCUUGAUUGAACAAAGACAUUAGUGUCAGUUAGUCAAACAAAGUCAUGUGAGAGACAUCAACAGCACACUGCAUUGCAGCCUGGCUUGGCGUGAGAAGAUUAUUUACUCUCAAGGAGAUGGCUGGAGGGAAAUCAAAGAAGAGCAAGCGUGUGGAGCCAGCAUCUCGAAAAAUUUCUCGAGGGAAAUCUAAAGAGAAAGAGAUUGAGGAGCCAGUGGAUCCCGGUGAAGAUUUUAUUGAAUUUGAUUGGAGACCGCUUGGUAUCGUACGUAAGGAAAUCCAGGACCAAGGAGACUAUCCUGUGUGCUGGGCUGUCUCAAUAGCCCUAGCUACUGAAGCUAUGCUCAAUCUAACUGAGGAGAAACCAAGGUGGAAGGCAUCAGCACAGGAGAUAAUAGAUUGGAAGUUGACUGAUGAAGAAAAGAUAGGAAAGAAGAUGCCUACUAGGAUCAGUAUCGGCUGGGACUACAUACUCGAUAAUGGACUGUCAAAGGAAGAUAAUUAUGGGUUUACACAGAUGCCCAACUUGGAUAAAGACAGGCCAAUGCAAGGGAUUUUGGUGAAUGGUAUUUACCGAGGUCCGACAGAUAGAAAAGAAAAUCCAAAGUUCGAUCAUGUUAUGCUGCUGGUUGGACAUGGGUACAGGGAACUGGAGACGGGCCAAAAGAUUUACUAUUUUAUUUGCAGAAACUCAUAUGGUCCAGAUUGGGGCGUCAAGGGACAUGUGAAGAUCUUGAGAUUGGUCUCUUUUCCCAGAGAAAUGGAGCACAAGCCAAGCUUUAUAAGGCUUUACACCUACCCGAAACCCAGACUACCAGUUUCAGAGAAGGAAAGUACAAGCAAUCCAAAAGAGGAGAAGGUGAUAGAUUGGGGAAAGAAGGGAAAAGCAAUGAUGCAUAUUGUUGAUAAGGGACAGUCAUCUUCUUCCUCACAAGUUAACUAGUAGUUUGAUCAUAGCUUUCUGUUUAUGUUUCAGUUGUAUUUCUGAGGGAGUUGUCUACAGAGUUGGUAUGAGGUAGGGCUAUCAGCUAGGUUAAUCAGUGGUGUUUCCAAGGGAGAGUUGUCUAUAGAGUAAUUAUGAGCUACGGUGAUUUCUUUUUAAUUUUUGGGUUGUGGCUGUCUGCUGGGCUAAUCUUAGUUAUCGAAUUGUUGGGUGAAUGGAGUUACCUAUUGAAUUCUUAUGGGAGUUCAAUGAUUUAUCGGUUUGGUGUGAACUGAAGGUUGAGUU